UUACGCACGAACAAGAAAAAACACAGAAUAUACAAACAAACGAAACAAAUUUAUAGUGUUGUAGUGUAAAUUAAUUAUCCUUAAAAAUUAUGAUCAAACCGAGAUUAACAAUAAUUGGGGUGUUCGCUAUCAGUCUGCUGUGUACUUUACUAAUAUUCGUAAGCCAACGAUUCUCAUCAAAUAGUUGUUACUCCCACAAAUCAAAAGGUAAACAGGAGGGAUACAGACUGUCAAAGUUGACUAAAAAUUUACGAAAAAACUAUGAUUCGUACAAUAUGACCAUGACCAUUGCUGACAUACUAAAUGAUCAACGGCAAAAAAUUGUCAAUGAAAUGGAUUCUUUUGAAUAUCCCAGAGAUAGUGAGAAUUUAGCUGCGCUAACACCCGAAACCAAUGGCAUACCGUUCCGGAGUGUUAUAAUCACCACUUGGCGAUCGGGAUCGACAUUUCUGGGUGAUGUACUGAACGCAAUGCCGGGAAAUUAUUAUCAUUACGAACCGUUGAUGGACUUUGAUAUUAUCCAGAUUCGUGGUGAACCGCAUGCGAAACGGGCCGUUAAUAAUCUGAAACAGUUCCUGAAAUGCAACUACACCGACAUGAAUGAUUUUUUAGAAGUUGGCGCCAAAAAUAUGGACUUGCUGCUACACAACACCCGAUUGUGGAAGUAUUGCCGUCUGUAUCCACAACAUUGUUUGAAUCCAGAUUUCCUGGCGCCGUUCUGCAAACUAUUCCCACUGCAAAGCAUGAAAGUCGUACGACUUCGGUUGGCCCUAGCCGAACAGCUGCUGAACGAUCCGGACUUGAAUGUUCGCAUCGUGCUGUUGAUACGUGAUCCGCGCGGUACGAUGCAAUCGCGUAAGCAUCGAAAAUGGUGUUUGGGCCAUUCGGACUGCGAUCAAGCUGACAUAUUAUGCAAAGACAUUGUAUCCGAUUAUUAUGCGGCCGAAAUUUUGUUGAAAAAGUAUCCGCAACAUUUCAAAGUCGUCCGGUACGAGGAUUUGUCAUUGGACCCUUUUCAAAUGUCCGAACAGAUAUUGAACUUUUACGGACUGCCAAUGGAUCCAAUGGUGGAGGUGUUUCUGGACACGCACACCCGGAAUAACGUAGGCGGUGGUUGGUCGACAUUUCGUGACUCGAAAUCGGCACCGUUCCAUUGGAUGCGCGAUCUAACCUAUGAAGAAAUCGAAACGAUUCAGAACAGUUGCACGAAAGCGAUGGAACUGUGGCGGUACAGGAAAAUGGAUGACCAGCAUAUGUACGAAGAUAAAUUAUUCAAUCCGAUUUUGUUGUUUCCGUUUUCAUGAAAAGCCUGUAAUAGUUGGUAAUGCAACGUCCAUUUAAUUUAUUUACCAUUUACCAAGAGGUACUUUUACUCUUUAG